AUGAAAAUGGAGCGCAAAAGAAAACGGAGGGAACCAAAAACAUGUUCAGGUUGUGGUGAAGAGUAUUCUGGAAGACAUCUUUUGAGACACACUUGUCCAUCAAAUCAAACACAGUCUUCCAGUGAUGAUGUUGGAAUGGUUCAAUCAGACCCCUUGGUAAAUUCUGUGUCAGAUCCAGAGAUACCUCAAAAUCUAACCUUGCCAAGCAUUGACGACGAAGACGAGGACAAUUUUCCAAUAGAAGAAGAAGUUCAAAUGAAUGAUAUCUGUUUUUCUGAGUCUUCUGAUGAUGAAGAGGAAUUGUGUGACAUAGAUAUCAACGCCUUUUUGGAGGAGGAAGAAGAAUCAAGUCAAGAAUUAGAUAAUAUCAAUUUUUUGAUUAUUUCUGUUUUGAAAGUAUUAUUGCGCUGGCAGUCCUUGUUUUAUGUGUCUGAUCUUGCACUUUCUUAUUUACUUCUUCUUGUCAAAUCAAUUUUGUAUUUGGUGUCAGCUACUUCUGAAUUUACUCAAGAAUUGUACAAGAAGUUUCCAUCAAAUUUAUAUCAGUUGAAUAAGAGUAUUUCCUUUAGAAAUGAUAUGUUUCGAAAAUAUGCAGUUUGUCCAAAAUGUUUUGCUAUUUAUAAUUUUUCUGAGUGUGUUGACAUUAUUGAAGGUGAUGAAAUGUCCAAGAAAUGUACAAAUAUUUUGUUUCCAAAUCAUGCUCUGAGGCACUUUCGAAAACCUUGUGGAGAAUUUCUUUUAAAGUCAGUUAACAUUAACGGUGUGAAAAAACUUGUACCAAGAAAAAAUUUUUGUUAUAAGAGCAUUGAAGAAAGUUUGCAAAUUUUAGUAAACAGAGAAGGUUUUGAAGAUCUUUGUGAAACUUGGCGCAAUAGAAAUGUACCAGAUGAAAUUUUAAUGGAUGUUUACGAUGGCAAUGUUUGGAAAUGUUUUAAUGGAGGGAAAUUUAAUUUUUUCACAUCAAGACGUAAUUAUGGCAUUAUGCUUAAUGUAGAUUGGUUCCAGCCAUUUAAGUAUACAAACUAUUCUGUGGGUGCUAUUUAUUUGACCAUUUUAAAUCUGCCAAGAAGUGAGCGAUUCAAAAAGAAAAAUGUCAUUUUAGUUGGUCUUAUUCCUGAUAUGAAAUCAGAGCCUCCCACUAAUACAUUUAUUGAGCCCUUAGUUGAAGAACUAAAACAAGCUUGGAACGGUUUCUGUAUGAAGAGUUUCAACUCGCCAUCACAACCUGUAAUAUUCAAAUUAGCUUUAAUUUGUGUUGGCUGUGAUGUUCCAGCAAGUAGAAAAUUGUGUGGGUUUUUAGGGCAUGCAGCAACUAAAGGUUGCAACAAGUGUAUGAAAGCAUUCGAAGGUGGGGUGGGAGAAAAGAAUUAUGGUGGAUUUGAUAUAUCUCUUUGGGAACAUAGAAAUUUGGAAGAUCACAAAGAAAUUGUAAAAAAAAUUGUUAGAAGCAAGACAAAAUCUAGUAGGGAAAAAUUAGAGAAGAAUAUGGAGUGA